GUCGCGAUUAUAAACAACAAAAUUGCGUUGAUUUGGCGACAUUGUGUGAGUCGUGUCGUUUACGUGAUCAAUGGUUUUGAUGCUUUUGGAGUCGCGCGACGGGACGCUGUGAGCAUGCUGAUGGAGUUUUGAUGGUGUAAAGAUGAGCGUGACAUCAUGGUUCCUCGUGAGCAGCUCCGGCACACGCCACCGCUUGCCACGGGAGAUGAUCUUUGUUGGCCGAGAAGACUGUGAACUGAUGCUACAGUCUCGCAGUGUGGAUAAACAGCACGCUGUCAUCAACUAUGACGCGUCCACGGAUGAACAUCUGGUCAAAGACUUGGGCAGUCUCAACGGGACCUUCGUGAAUGACCUUCGAAUCCCCGAUCAAACAUACAUCAGCCUGAAGCUCUCUGAUGUCAUUCGCUUUGGAUAUGAUUCACAUAUAUACAUUCUGGAGAGAAGCCAACACAAAGUGCCCGAGGAAGCCCUCAAGCAUGAAAAAUACACAAGUCAGCUACAGCUGAGUCACGAGACGCUGGAACCCAAGAAACGCACCCAUACAGAUGAAAGACAUGUUAAGCCAGACAAAACUGAACGGAAAAACAUCACAGAUCCGUCCAUCUCCAGACCCACUCCUCUAUACGGUCAGCCGUCCUGGUGGGGCGAUAAUGAUGAAGAUUUUAAAGGUCAGCGGCGUGACCCAAACGGUCAUGAGCAUCACUCAGAAAACCAAAAGGAAGGCUUCGGAUGUGAUGUGCAUACAUCUCCAGAAGAACUUCAAGAUGGACAAGGAAAGUCUAUUUAUUCUUACCGGAAGGAACCAAGCUACUUUGAGAUCCCUACAAAGGAAAUCCAGUCAAAGCCCAAAACUGGAGCUCUGGAAGUUCAGGAGAUACCCACAAAAGACACAGACAAUAAAGCUCCUCCCACACCGCCAGUGGUGCAGGGUCAUGCCUCCUUCACCAUCGAGUUUGAUCAGCAAACCCCUGGAAAGAUGAAAAUCAAAGACCACGUCUCAAAGCUCUCCAUCCGUCAGCGCAAGAAUCCCGGCAAGGAGUCAAUAGCCAUGCUUCCCGAAGUGAUGUCGUUGGAAAACAAAGUUGCCGAUUGGUUGGUGCAGAGUGAUGCGAGCAUGCUGGGUAAUCGAGAUGUUCACUCUGUGUCAGAGGACCACUACAACAAGACUUUCAAAGAUGAGGUGGAACCAGAAGAAACAAAUCUUUCAGGGACUCCUAGGAUUGUCCCGCCACAUUCUGUCACCCCUCCAGAGGAACAUGAUUACCCUGUUAACUACACUCCAGAGUCCAAAAGCCAAGAGAAACAAGACCCUCAGCAAGCUUUUGUGAUCGAGUUUUUUGACGAUAGUCAACGGAAAAAACGUUCACAGUCGUUCACCAAUAACAUAUCGUCUCCUGACUUUCAAUCUGCUCUUAAAAAUAAGUUGGAUAAACGAAAAGGUACAAACACAUCUACUGGUUAUAAUCCACCUACUCAACAGUUCACCAUUCCUCUCAAAGGCUCUGAUGGCUCUCAGAGGGCUGGAUCCCUCCGACGAGAGAAGAGUGAAAUCCGGAUGAGCACUUCUGAUUUUUCCUCCCGCUCGACAGGAAAACCUUUCAGAAGCGUGGGCCGCAGGUCUAAACUAGCGCAGGACUUUGCAAGAGAGUUGCAGAAAAUUUCAAAAACAGCUUCUGCAUCUACGUGGAAGCACAACUCUAGUGAAUCAAAUCUAAAUGCCACAUCAGAGAUUUCAACAGAGAAUGGUGAUUCCCCAGUGACGCAUCAUAGUCUUCCUACCACAUCUCAUUCAAAUUCUCAUUACCUGAAUCAGACGCUUUCAACAUCGCUUUACCAACCGUCAACACCUCCAAACUCUUCAUCGUUACACAUGGAGGACGACACUGUAGAUGUCAAAGCUACGGGUCCCAAGCAGGAGGAGGAAGACAGUUUAAGUGAUGCGGGAACCUACACCAUUGAAGCAGAGGGACCUGACAAAGACAUUGUGGAGGCACGAAGCAUGAUCGAUCAGGUGUUUGGUGUUGCCGACAGCAGCCAAACCUCAACAUUUAAACCUAUAGCUGGUCACACUGAGGGCAAUGAUAGUCUUCUCAAUGAGAAUAGCUCAAGCCCAAAACUGGGCCAGACAGACCAUAAUGACACAGCCAAGAGUCCUGUACAGAUACAGUCGAUGAAGUCAUUGACACCUGUAGGCACUAGGUGGGUUUCUCGAUGGGCUAGCUUGGCCGACAGCUAUACAGAUUCUGGUCCUGCGUCAGGACUGUUUGAUAUCCCAACACAGGUUGAUCUUGCCAACGGAGUUAUGCUUAACCGAAGCGCUGAGAACUCAGAAGUGGUCCAAGGUACCAGAGCCAGACGGGUUCUCCCUCCGGUUCCUUCCGACAAGAUUGAGACUCCGCUGCCCGCAAUACUUGUCCAGUCUGACUCUUACAUGACUGAGAGGACUUCACACGUUCAAAAGCAAAGGUGGGAUCCCCAAAAACUGAGUGUCCAAGAUGAUCUGGACCCGGACAGCCUGAGUGAUGCCAGUAAGUCUGAUGAUGGUUCUGUGGUUGAGCAGUACAAACACAGUCCUGUCAGAACUGGAGGGAUCCGCUCUUACAAGACCUUAGCAAAUGAAGAUGAGGCUACGAAAGACCAAGAUUCAUCUCCUAAGUUCUCUACAGCUACUGUCACAAGACAGAAUGCCAAGCUCAGCAAGAACAACCUUUCACCACCCAACAUUGAUGAUCAAAGCAAGGUGCCAUCUGAGAGGACAGAAAAUUCACUUUCACUUUUCAGACAGGAAAGUUACACCAAAGUAGGACCCAGUAAUGACAUCCAGUUAUCCAGAUUGCCUCAUAUAUCUAGUCAACCUUCUAACAAUGAAAGAGAGACCUUAGAAGCUUUUAAAGGUGUGACCGGUCAAGACACUCAGUCUUACCUCAAAGACACUGAAGACGUUCUAGCUGUCCUGGAAGCCAAGAUUCUGGAGCAGCAACAAGGAGUUAAUGUUCGCACCAAUCCUGAGGAUUCUCCAUCUGGGGAAUCAGAUAUAGAUACCUCCAGUACAGUCAGUGAAAAAAACGCUUACAAUUCUGUGCCCAGGAAACCAGUGGUCCUCCGAGGACUCUUAAGAGACAAAUCAGCCCCAAAGACAUCUGAAGACUCCUUGUCUAAAAAGAGCCAGUCCAGUGUGAACGACAACAGCGAUAAAGCAGAUCCGAGCAAGCGUUUUCAGCUUCGUCGAAACCUCACUUCUUUAGACUUCGGAUUAGGUCAUCAAAGUUCCCCAGCACCUCUCAGAUCUGAUGCAGUCUCGGAUCAAGAAUCAAGUUCCUUACCUUACAAAAAGUACACUGUUCCCCUUCAGAGGGAGAACUCGAGCAAGUCCAAAAGCAAGGUAAACCAAGCCCUAGCUCGCUCUAACAGCCUCUCCGCUCCGAGACCCACACGAGCUUCGGUGCUUCGCCGUGCACGUUUGGGUGAAGCCUCUGACAAUGAAGGUACAGAAACCGACCGCAUGUCUCAGAACUCGGACAGCAACCCCUCUGCCAACAAAGUCACCCAAGAGACCAAAAAGCUUUCACGACUGGACAUCUUAGCAUUACCCAGAAAGAGGACGGGCUCUUUUACUACACCCAGUGACACGGAGUCUUCCGCAGGUCGAACAGGCUUUUCAAACCAGAGUACAGAGUCGAGUAACACUGUACGGAAAGCUUCAGUUCCAGACCCCAAAGCUCUUCUGCGGAAGACUUCGGCACCUCCAAACAGAUAACCCAUCGUCCGUGGACGCUCCAGUAGUGCCAAAUACGCCAGCAGCACUGCCAGCUCCAGGAGACGUCAGAAGGGUUCAGACUACGCCUCCACCUCGGAGGACGAGUACGAGUCUAACCAUAGCACCCCUAAAUACAAACGCUCCCAUCAUUCAGGGGCCCAGCAGAACCCCAAAACCCAUCCGCCAGGUCCGGUGCGAGCGGUACCCAGGCAGAGAGACUCUGAGGGUGAGGGACAUGAGAGCGACGCCUUCCAUAACUGGACGUCUCACAGCGCUGAGAUCGCCAGGUUGAGUCAGGACCUAGCUAAAGAUCUGGCCAUUCUGGCUCGAGAGAUUCACGAUGUCGCUGGAGACACUGAAUCUCAGAACGCUUCUGUGGAGACAAUGGCACCUGCAAUAUCUGCCCACGAAGAGUUGCGGCAUCAGAUUCCUGAAACCAGUCUGACUUUCCCUAAAGAAUCUUCAGGUUCUGCGUUGAGUGAUGAGGCUGUUAGUUAUCAAGACCUCCGACAGCAGAGACAAGAUGAGGUUUCGUUGAGCGAUGUCAUGUUAAAUCCAGUGACGCAGGUUUCACUCGCUAUUCGGGAGAACACAGAGGAACUUACAGACAAAAUCAAGGCUUUGUUUCAUGAUAAGACGGAUAUUUUGGAAGAGAUUGAUGCGAGAGUCAAUGCUGCUGAUGAUUCACCACCGUUUAAAACUCCAAACAAGGAAGUUGCAUCAAUUCUGAAAGAGCUCAGACGAGUUCAGAGACAGCUGGAAGUCAUCAACACCAUCAUGGAUCCACGAGGGAACCCAGAUCUCAGUAAGACGUUCCCUACAGCAGUCUCUUCUCCAGCUGCUGUCCGGAGCUCCAGAUCCUCAUUGAGAGACUUGAGAUCCUCUCAUCGCGGUGGUGGACCCACACCGAGCGCUCGACGCACGUUUAGAAGCUCUGACAGAAACGGUUCCAUAGUAUGACAGCUGCUGAAAUCAUCACUAGUCACUUUGUUGUUGAUUUAAAGCUUUUGGCACAUAAAUGUAAAUCUGCAUCGACACUUUUAUGAAAUAAAACUCGACUCAACUGAUUGUUGUGCCACAAGUCUGCAUUAUCUUUUGGGAAAAAAUGACAUGAACUGUUUGCACAUUUGUUUUUUGUUUUGCUUGAAACAAAAAAGCGGUCUUGAUCAUACAGACCUCAACCCGUGUGACAUCACACAGCGUCACGAAGUCUCGUACAGGCAUUUUCAUUACAUGUUAUGACUGUAAAUACACUGUUAUUGAUUUAAUUUGUUGUUUUUUUGUAUUGUUGAUAUGAAUAUAUGGUUAAUUUACAUGAUUAUUUAAAUCUCUGUCUUGUGAUGGAUGAGAUAUUUGUAUAUGUUCAGAAUCAUUAAAGAAUUAUUCAA